GCAAAAUUCUAAUCACGACGAAACAAAUUACAAUUGAAAUAGAGACGCAAAACCCUGCAGUAAAGGUUUGGAUACAUGAAAACAUACUGCGAUAAAUAUAGAUAAAUUCUUUUAUAGAACGAAUAAAAAAAAUAAAAAAAAGAGAUGUUGAGAUUCUCAGAGAUGAGUGCGUCAGUAUGAAACUGAAAUAAAGUUUUUAAGUCUGGACUAGAGUGGACCCUACUUUCGGUAUUGGCAUUGGACAUUGGAUUGGACACAGUAUCAUCAGUACUACAGUCAGUCACUGACAAAAGUCAAAAUAGAAACACAAUUUUUAAAAAAUAUACGUUUUUCUUUUCUUUUUUUCCCCCAAUAUCUACAGAAGAGAGAAUAAAUAUGACAGACAUCAAAGUAACGCCAUUAGGUGGGUUUUUGUUAUUUAAAUAACAUUAAAGAGUGAUAGACUGUUUAAAAAUGUAGGCCUUGGUUACUUGGUUGGCUAACCUAAAAAAAUACAAUUUUUAUGAAAUUGCUGAUUUUGUGGAGUCAGUUCCACUAUUUUCUUUUUUCAAAAUUUAGUGGUACUGUCAGUGUAUGUAGUUGAAGUGACAGGGUAUGCCUAAUGUAUGACUAUUGUAGGCUAUUCUAGUAUUCUGUAGAAGAAUGAUGCUGAGUUUUAGUUUAUGUGUAGCACUGUGUGAGUGUACAAUGUAGUCUAACUAAACUAAUGACAAUGUCCCUUAACUUCUUCUGCACACUUUAUCGGGGAGAGGCAUUACAUUGAGGUACAGUUUGUGUUUUGGACUUUUGAUCCACCAACAGCAUGGCCUUUUUCUGGCCCUGAAACUGGAGUGCCUGCUACUGUAAGCUUGCAAUGCAGGUUGGUUGACAGUGACAGGCAUUUUGACCAGAUGGCCCAACCAUUUUCUUUUUUUGGGCCAUAUACUAGCUGAUUUUGUUUUAAGUCCUGUUCCGAUUUUGGUUCUUUCUCACUUUUGAAGAUUUUUUCCUUGAUACUUCCAUUUUGAAGCCAGGUCUAACACUGGUAGGUAUUACUAUUGUUCUCCGUAUUUUUUCUAGGGUGUCUUAUUAUCAAAGCUUUAUGGUAUUUGACUGCAUUCACCCUCUUCACUCUUGUCUCGAUCCCUCUAUCUAUUUUUCUUUAUUCAGGGAAAAUGCUUACCAUAAUGACCAUGCCAUAUAUUUAAACUUUGGUGUUGAUGGAGCAGCUGAACACUGAUAGUAAUGUCCAGUUUUUGUGGGGUACCACCUAAUGAUAUGACCUCAGUCUUUUCUUUGUUGAUUUUCAUUCCAUAAAUUUUGCUUGUGCUGUUCAGACUAUCAACUGUCAACAUGGCUCUGCUGCUUCCUUGUUAUUGUUUGGGAUGUAUUGGUCAUCAAAAAAUAUCAAUUUACUAAAUGUCUUGAGAUUUAGAUUGCAUCUUUUGUGAUUUUGUCCUUAAAUAUUAUGAAGAACCCUGUUUGUCUCCAGAUUUUACUUCAAACCGUUUAGAGUCCAUUUGUAAAAAAUAACUUGACAAUAAUGAUUCACAAUCUUAUUUAUAUUAAUAAUAAUAAUAAUAAUAAUAAGAGGUCUUAUAUAGCGCGGUACCCCAGCCUAGGGCAGGGCUCACCACGCUGUACAUAAAAAUUUUAUCUAAAGAGACAUAAUCAUGACAUUAAAAUAAAAUACAUUUAUGAAAUAUAGAACAGCGAAAAAAAUGUAUAUUACCAUGGUAAAAAGUGUCACUAGCAUUCAUUAGCGACAUGAUCGUGCCUACUCUACUGCAUAUAUUAUAAUUUAUAGGCCUGAUAAAGUGAGAUUAUUUUAAAAUCAAGUAUAGACCUAUUAUUUUUAAAAAGCGCUUUACUUUCAUUUUAAUUUUUGAAUGCCUAAUGCCCUUUUCAAUAAAAAAAUAGCAUAAUAUUAUUUAAGUCUAUUUUUACAAUAAAAUAAUGUUUAGCAAUAAUGCUACUGCUAGAUAUUACCAUAUUUUACGGACUAUAAGACACACCUUAAUUUUUAAGCAAUUAAAAAAAAAUAACAACAUUUUUACCAUUUAUAUAAUAAUUUAGAGUAUACGACGCACCUGAAUUUUGGAGGCAAUUUUUCUCAUAGUCUGUAAAAUGCGGUACAUGCCAGAAAAAGGUGCAUAGAAAGAUAGGCCCAUUUUCUAAUAUAAUAUAUGCAAAUGAUAAUAGUAUUAAUAGCAGUGGCGUAUCUAGGAUGAGGAGAAGAAUAUUAAUUUCCCCGGCGGCACUUCUGGAUUUUAUAUAAAACAUUAUGUAAAUGAUGUGUGUGUGUGGGGGGAUACACUUUUGGGAGUUUGCCUUCGUGGGCAGCAUUUAGUCUAGAUACGCCGCUGUAUUACUAUACAGUGCCGCUGUAUUAGCAAUAUUUGUUGCAACACUUGUAUCCCUAUAUAGCUAUAUAGGCCUAUCAACAAAGCGUAAUUCAUUAAACAAUUUUAACAUUUAAACUAGAAAUCAUUUGAAUUUUACCUUGACUCAAGCAGCAAUGUAGCAUAAGCACAUGCACAAUUUGGAGGUCUAUAAAUGAAACAUUUGCUUUAUUUUGAAAAUACAGAAUAAUUAUAAAAUUUGAAAUUUCUACUAUGCUGUUUCCAUGUCGGUAUUAAAAUCAUUUUUUCUUUUCCUAAAAUAUACAAUAAAAACAGGUGCUGGUCAGGGUAAGUUGGCAUUAUUUUAUUAUCAAGCAUGAAAAAAAGUUAUCGCUCAUUCAAAAGCAUUAUUAACUUAUGCCAUUUACACACAUUAUUUUACCAAGCCCACCCAUUUUUCUCAAAAAGUUGAUAUAGCAAAAUUUAAGAAAAUUAGAAGCAAGCCCUUCUAUUAUAACACAAUAUUGUUCUCUUUCACUUGUGGUGCUUUGAUUUAAAUUUUACCAUCAAUAUUUUGCUCUCUUUGUUACAGAUUAAUACCCUUACUUAAUCAUAUGAAUAUGGUGUGAUGUUUGUUUUAUGUUCCUUGAUUAUUCCUUGUGCUUUUAACACAUUUAGAUGUUGGCCGCAGCUGCAUUCUUAUCAGCAUUGGUGGCAAAAAUAUUAUGCUGGAUUGUGGGAUGCACAUGGGUUACAAUGAUGACGUAAGUUCAUAAAUAAUUAUUGUAAAAUUAUAAAUUUUGUUUAUGACAAUGCUAAUAUGACGUGUUUUAAACCACAAACUGUAAGUUAGAAUCUGGAAUCCAUGGGUAUCCAUCUUUCAAAUGAUCCCCUAUAGUAGUUUGGCGUUUCGAGCCAAAUAGUACACUGGCCAGCACCUUAAGUUUUGCUGAUGACAGAUUAUAUAGAAAGUGACAGAAAUGUAUUGAAAAUCAUAAUUAUUCCACUUAAUAUGUCUUCCUUCUGGUUUGGAUCCUCUUGGCUUUUGACAUUUUUUUUAGUGUUUUUAUUUAUAAGAAAUUAACAGUGCAUGAGUUUAUAUGUAAAAUAAUUUAUGAAUCUUUUAGGCAGGCAAACAAUAAUUUACAGAUAUUAUUUUGUAACAUUUAUAUUUUCCUAGAGGCGCUUUCCUGACUUCACAUACAUUGCUAGAGAAGGGCGACUUACUGAUAGAAUUAACUGUGUAAUUAUCAGGUACGUGACAAGAGGUAGCUUCGUGUAUCACUUAAAAAAAAUAAAUAAUAUGCAUGGCAAUAUGUUAUUAAUAUUUAAAUGUUAAAAACAUUUUGAAAUUAAAAUUGAUGAUUGUUAUUUUGUGAUUUGGAUGCAGAUUAAUUCUAGCACUUUUUAAAAAUAUUUUAUUUUCAGCCAUUUUCAUCUAGAUCAUUGUGGUGCUCUACCAUACAUGACAGAAAUGGUUGGCUAUGAUGGACCUGUGUACAUGACUCAUCCAACCAAAGCCAUUUGUCCUAUACUCUUGGUAAUUAUAUUCACUAUAAAUAGAUGACUUUAUUUAUUUUGCUUACAACACAGACAGUAGGUUUGAAACGUUUAUCUGAAUCCUUAAUAAUUUAUAUUAUAAACCAUGAUGAGUCCAUGAUAAUUAAUUUUUUUAUUUUAAACCUUUUUUUUUAAUAAGUAAAAUUUAUGCUACUUUUUUUUAUUUUAAAGCAGUAUAUACUUUUAACUUUCUUGAUGAGAGAACAAAAAUAUAAGAGAAAAAUACUCAUUUGUUGGAUGGGAAUAGAAAAUUUAGCCUGUCUGCAAUUCUUUACAAUUGGAAUAUUAUUUUUAUGCUGGAAAAAUUGUAGCUACUACUUGGUAACGGUCUCCUUAAAGCUACCAUUCUGAUUUACUUGAAAUUAGCUAGGUGUGUCGCUCAAAUUAUGUUUCAUUGUUUAUUAUUUGACAGGAGGACUAUCGCAAAAUUACUGUUGAAAGAAAAGGAGAGACCAAUUUCUUUACAUCAGAGAUGAUUAAAACAUGCAUGAAAAAGGUCAUCACAGUCAAUCUCCAUCAAGUUAUUCAGGUCAGUUUUCUUGGUUUCCCACUUUUACAUCCAUUUAAUCAGAAAUCUCUACAAAAAGUUGGCAGUGUUAUCUAGAAGGAAUUAAGGAAGUAUUUAAAAAAUAAUCCUAUCCAUGUAAAAAAAACCUCGUUGCCAUUAUAACAGUGUUGGAAUGCGAUAAAGCUUUCAAGUAAAUCAAUGAAACAAAAACAGUUUGUGUAAAUAAAACAUUCUUAUUCUUUUCUUUCAUUUUUAGGGGGAAGCAUACAUUAUGUAAAUUUAAUUUUUACUUACAUCAAUGUUUUUUGUUGUACUGAUGAAGGCAUUUGCUGGAACAUUUGCAUUAUGUGUGACCAUAACUAAAGCCUAACCUAUUUUGUUUUAUUUACACAAACUGUUUGUGUCUCAUUGAUCAGUGCCAUUAAAGUGUCUUGGGAUAGGAUGAACAUUAAGUUUGAUCUAUAAACAUGAAUAAACCAAAAGUCACAAUAUAGUCUUGUCUAUACCUUAUUUGCAUACAUUGAUAAAAAUGGCAAUAAGGCACAGUCAAAUUUAACAUUUCCAAAAAUAUUUAAAAUAUGCACAAGUGUGUUUUUACAUUAUAUGUGGCGGUGCACCAUUUUAUUUAAGGAUAUGAACCUCUGUUUUAAAGAUUGCAAUUUCUUUUAUCACAUUUUAAAUAAUAGAACAAAUUACCCACUGCAGUGAAGUGCAUAUCCCUACAUGGUAACUAUAUUACUGCAUUGCUGAUCAAUCCUUGAUUUCCUCUGAGCUUAUCUGAAAAGUACACUUUGUCUUAUAGGUUGAUGAUGAGCUAGAAAUUAAACCCUACUAUGCCGGUCAUGUACUAGGAGCCGCCAUGUUUCAAAUUCGAGUUGGUCAGAGCUCAGUUGUUUAUACAGUAAGUCUUUUUGUAUUUGGUAGGGAGUACUAUUUUUGGUCUAAAAUUUGGUAAUAGAACUGCAUCAUUCUAUCAUACUUGUGGGAAAUAACCAAAUGAUCAUGGUGUUUUAAAUAUUAAGAUGGACAUUAUGAAAUUUUUAAAAAGAUUGACCGAUUAGUUAAGUAUAAAUUUAAAAAAGCGAAAAGCAGGCCAUUUCAUGCAAUACCGAGUCCCCAAAGAAUUUCUAUUCAUGUAAUGUUAUCAUUUUUCAUUUUUGAGUUUUUUCCUAUAACAAACUUUUAAUUACUUUUUUCAACCUCUUGAUUUUUUUAGGGUGAUUACAACAUGACACCUGACAGACACCUGGGUGCUGCUUGGAUUGACAAGUGUCGGCCUGACCUACUGAUCACAGAGUCAACUUAUGCCACAACAAUUCGAGACUCAAAACGCUGCAGGGAGAGAGACUUCCUUAAAAAAGUCCACAGCUGUGUGGAGAAGGGAGGAAAGGUGAAAACAAUUUUGCGUCUCCAUGUGCCCUAAAUGUAUCAUCCAUCAAACCUGCAUGAGGCCGCACUACAAUCGUGUCAUCUGAAACCAUCAGACAUGACACAUGCUGUUAAUCAGCUUGCAGUUUCAACUUUCGACCAUCACAAACAUUUUAAGGAAAACUUGGAACUCAGUCAUUUAGACCUGAACUGGCUAGUCUUGUUUAUUUAUAUAAUUUUUGAUAAUUCAUAAGCUUAUUUUGAGUGGCAGGGGUAAACGGUUUUCUUUUUUUGUUAUUGUUGUUGAUAACUGAUAACACAAGCUUAUUUUAGUUGUAAUGUGAACAAAUUUAAUUGCUCUGCAGGUGAAAGAGUUCUGAAGAGUUUCUAAUUUCUUGAGUUUUUACGAAGAUUAUCUUUUAUUUGUUGUAGGUCCUGAUUCCAGUAUUUGCCCUUGGCAGAGCCCAGGAGUUGUGUAUCCUGUUAGAGUCAUACUGGGACCGCAUGAAUCUUAAAGUUCCCAUCUACUUCUCCCUAGGUCUCACAGAAAAGGUUUGCUAGGAACCUAGGAUUUAUUUCUUCACUAGAAAAUUUUUAAAUUUCAUUAAUAUAUUACAUUGAUGUGUGUUACGCUUAGUAAAAAAACAAAUGAAUUCACAUGUUUUUUUUUUUUACACAUUCUUAUCUUCAGGCAAACCAUUAUUACAAGCUGUACAUCACCUGGACCAGUCAGAAAAUUAAAAAAACCUUUGUCCAGCGAAAUAUGUUUGAAUUCAAACACAUUAAGGUAAAAGCUGAUAUAAAAAAUCCUUCUAGCUUUUAAGAAAUGUAUCUACUGUUUUGCAUGUCAGUUGAAAAACAGUACAUGUAUUCAUUUAUUUUUAAGGACCCAAACAAAAUAUUUAAACACAAUUCUAUUAACUACAUCUUAUAGGAAAUAUCUAAACUGGACAAAUUUUUUUAUUUGAAAUGUUUUCAUAAAGUCUUUUUGAAUAUUUUAAAAGUUAUUUCAGUUACUUAUACUUAAUGUUUGAAAUAUAAAGCAGAUAUCUGAGUUGUGGUGUAUUGUUGGUCUGAUCACCUGGCUCCUUCACUUUUGCAGGCAUUUGACAGGGCUUACAUUGACAACCCAGGGGCCAUGGUUGUGUUUGCUACACCAGGAAUGUUGCAUGCUGGACUGUCCCUGCAGAUAUUCAAACGCUGGGCACCAAAUGAAAACAACAUGGUACAUGCAAUGUUAUAUAAACGUGUAAUGAAAACUUGUAAGAUGAUAGACAUUUUCAUUAAUCCUUGUUCGUACUUGUCAAUUAUGGCUUAUUGAAAACAUAUGAAGGGAUCAAGGGAAAAACCAGUGAUGUCAGUUUUUCGAUGUCAGUUUUUCAAAAUUUCUAUGUUAUCUCCCUUGUGUUUACAUUCCAUUUAAUAGCAUAAUAUGAUACAUAGGUCCAACUGAAAAAAGCAGCGUAGUCAAUAAAUAAAUACGUAGACAUCUUGAUAUUUUCAUACUUUUAUGAGGAAUUUUCCAACUUUAAAUUCAAUUUUCUCAAAACUCUCAAAACCUGACAUCACUGGUUUUUCCCUUGAGCCCUUCAUAUAUAUUAGUAAUAUAAAAGCAAUGGGUUGAAGUUGAAGCCAACUUUUAUUAAUUGUUCUAAAAUUAUCUUUUCAUUAGGUGAUCAUGCCUGGAUACUGUGUAGCUGGGACUGUAGGUCACAGGAUCUUAAAUGGAGCCAGAAAAAUUGAAAUGGAAAAUAAACAAGUGGUAAGUUAAUCAAUAAAUUCUCCCAUUUUCUAUAUGGGAUAUGCAAAGCUGUAAGAUAUGGGGAUACUUUUGAUUUAAUCCAAUCUUUGUUGGAAAAGAAUGUGGAAUUAUUAUUAUUUUUUUAACCCUUUCAUAUGUAGUCAAACCAAUGUUUGAAAUGACAUAUGGCAAUAAUUUCAUUUUAAAAACUUAAAGGUGUAAAUUGAUUACAAAUGCCUAUUGCCGGUACCUAUUAAACAUCUGCUUUUAAUUUAAGAAAAUAGAGGAACAAGGUAUGUUGAAGCUUGAAAUGAAAAGACAGGACAAUAAAAGCAGAGCAUGUUGGCUAAAAGCCUUCUUCAGCAGACAGGACAAAACAAGAAACAACAAAGUAAUAGAAAACAGCAUCUAUUGUUCUUCAUGUUGUAGGGAAGCCAUUGUCCUGUCUUUUCAUUCCAAGCUUUAACAUACCUUGUUCCACUAUUUCCUCCACACAGCUUGAGCGCAUACCGUCAUUUAUUAUCUUUUAAUUCAAGCUCCUGUUACAUUGUUUAACUCAUUGUCCUUAAAAACAUCAAUGGAAGUGCAUUUUGUUGUUGGCAGAUUGAGGUCAAGAUGGCUGUAGAAUACAUGUCAUUUAUUAUCUUUUAAUUCAAGCUCCUGUUACAUUGUUUAACCCAUUGUCCUUAAAAACAUCAAUGGAAGUGCAUUUUGUUGUUGGCAGAUUGAGGUCAAGAUGGCUGUAGAAUACAUGUCAUUUAUUAUCUUUUAAUUCAAGCUCCUGUUACAUGUUUAACCCAUUGUCCUUAAAAACAUCAAUGGAAGUGCAUUUUGUUGUUGGCAGAUUGAGGUCAAGAUGGCUGUAGAAUACAUGUCAUUUAUUAUCUUUUAAUUCAAGCUCCUGUUACAUGUUUAACCCAUUGUCCUUAAAAACAUCAAUGGAAGUGCAUUUUGUUGUUGGCAGAUUGAGGUCAAGAUGGCUGUAGAAUACCAGUCAUUUAUUAUCUUUUAAUUCAAGCUCCUGUUACAUGUUUAACUCAUUGUCCUUAAAAACAUCAAUGGAAGUGCAUUUUGUUGUUGGCAGAUUGAGGUCAAGAUGGCUGUAGAAUACAUGUCAUUUAUUAUCUUUUAAUUCAAGCUCCUGUUACAUGUUUAACUCAUUGUCCUUAAAAACAUCAAAUGGAAUGGCAUUUUGUUGUUGGCAGAUUGAGGUCAAGAUGGCUGUAGAAUACAUGUCAUUUAUUAUCUUUUAAUUCAAGCUCCUGUUACAUGUUUAACUCAUUGUCCUUAAAAACAUCAAUGGAAGUGCAUUUUGUUGUUGGCAGAUUGAGGUCAAGAUGGCUGUAGAAUACAUGUCAUUUAUUAUCUUUUAAUUCAAGCUCCUGUUACAUUGUUUAACUCAUUGUCCUUAAAAACAUCAAAUGGAAUGGCAUUUUGUUGUUGGCAGAUUGAGGUCAAGAUGGCUGUAGAAUACAUGUCAUUUAUUAUCUUUUAAUUCAAGCUCCUGUUACAUGUUUAACUCAUUGUCCUUAAAAACAUCAAUGGAAGGGUAUUUUGUUGUUGGCAGAUUGAGGUCAAGAUGGCUGUAGAAUACAUGUCAUUUAUUAUCUUUUAAUUCAAGCUCCUGUUACAUUGUUUAACUCAUUGUCCUUAAAAACAUCAAUGGAAGUGCAUUUUGUUGUUGGCAGAUUGAGGUCAAGAUGGCUGUAGAAUACAUGUCAUUUAGUGCACAUGCAGAUGCCAAAGGCAUAAUGCAACUGAUAUCUCACUGUGAACCUCGUAAUGUCCUCUUGGUACACGGUGAGGGGGAGAAAAUGGUGUUUCUCAAAAACAAGAUUCAGCAAGAAUUUGGUAAUAGAUGUUUACCAUUUUUUUCUGUAAAAUAUUCUUAUUUAAAUGGUAAUCUACUUUAGUUUAUCUGUAUUUUAUAACUUUUUUUCUAACCACCAUACUUCAAAAAAUUGACAUUCCACCCAUCAAUUGUAAAAUUUAUAUUCUGAAUAAGCUGAUAUGAUUGCAUGCAUACAAAGUUAUUUCAAUUAGUUUUUAAAAAUGUGUUUAAUAAUACCUAAUUUCUGAGAAACUAGUUCCAAUUCUAUGCUAUUUCAGGCAUUGAUUGCUUUAUGCCAGAAAAUGGAGAAACCAGCAUCAUAAAGACAAAACAUAACAUUCCUCUUGAUACAUCAUUAAACCUGCUAAAGCGGCAGUUGGUCCCUGCUGAUGGUAAACAUUUAGGAUCUCCUCUCUAAAUUAACAUUUAUUGUGCGAGAGUGAUAGUAGUAUGCAUAUAAUGAGAACAUCAUAUCUGUCAUAGUGAAAAAAUACAUUGGUACUUUGGCAUGAGAAUAUUCUUAUAACUAGGUAUUUUUAUUUUAUUUUGGAGACACUGGAAGAAUGGCUGCUUUAAAUUUAGCGUUGAAAAUUUUCAUUUGUUAAUUUAUUUUAACCUUAUCAGUCUGGGUAAGAUAACAUUUAUUUGGGUGUGGAUAAAAUGGUUUAAAUAGGCUAAAUAAUUCUCUUACAUUAAGUGGAUUUAAAAAAAUAAAUAAGGAAAGCUUAUAAUAUUUUUAAAAUAGAUUUCAUAUUAUAUUAUACGUUAUUAUUUGAAUCAGAAUCAGAGGAGCCAGACCCAAAACACUUGAAAGUUUUACAUGGAGCCCUGCUGAUGAAGGGAAGUGUAAGUAAUAUUUCCUUAUAAGUGAUUAUUAGUCAUUAUUAUCUUAGCUGGUCCGCAAAAGUAUACAAAUUUAAAAUAUUGAAAAGAUGGUAAUCAAUAACUGGGCAAUCAAUCCCUGCUGAAAUUCAAAUAAUUCCUUGGGGUUUGUGACACUGAAAUGUUUCAUUACCACGAUGAUAAGGAAAUCUAAUGAAAAUUUACAUUUUUUUAAAUUGACAAGGUGAUAGAAAUUCAAUGUUAAUGGUUUUAAACUAUUUCUAUUAAAGAAAAUAAAACCUUUGGUGACAUGGUGCAGAGCUAUAAUAAUUUAUUCAAUAAGAAGCUUUCUGAAAUAAAGUUUGCUUCUGGCUAAAGUUACGUUUAGAGGUAUUGCUUCACUAAGAAAACAAUUAUAUUACAAAUAUAUAUUAAUCAGCUCUAAAAAUAGCCUUCAAUUUGAUGUAUCUUGUAAUUGUCAUUGAAAAUUUAUGUUUAAUGUCUUGUGACUGAUGUAGGGGUAGUUUCUUUAGACUUCUGACACCAUUUAUAACGAUCAUAAAUGUGUGGGUUAUGAUAUUACUUGUAGAGUUGUAGUUAUCGCUCACACUAUUCAUCCACAUUUACAUACGUCCAUGAUUAUCCAAACAAUUACCAGAGCCAGAGAACUCAUUGAAUUAGCAUCACGACAUUUAUUGACUGAUCAACAAACACAUAAUAAAAUAAUAUCUCUGUAGAUCAGAGCAAAAUAUAAUUCUUCCUAUAACUUCUUCCACUUCACAAUCAACAUUAAGAUGUUGUUCAAUAACUAGGUGAUCGUAGCAAGCGCUAAUAAAAAUAUCUCCAACCGUCACCGUUGGUCUUCUUUCAUCCCAUAAUUCCUUCACUUCCUGUUUUUUCUACUUAACAAAACAAUCCAUUAUUUUUCGAAACAAAAUUGAUAUUUAAAUAUUCGAUCUGUGACAAUUAACAUAAUUUUAUGCUAUAAAAUGGUACCCUCAGCGAAUGCAAUUGGCCGAACCAGCUACAGCGUUUAGAGAACUGGGUCUGGAGGAAUAUGAACUACGGUUCACAUGCAACAUAACACUUGAAGAGGAGGGCGCAGUUUCUAACACAAUUGACAGGGUUUAUAGAAUUCUGCAAAGGUAUGUAUAUUUUUUUUACUGUUGUAGUUUAUAUAGUCUUAACACAUAUGCUUUUCUUAUACUAGGGUGUCAAAGUUUCUCUUUAUAUUUUUGGAGUUCACUCAAUGGAGCUGUUACAAGCAGGGCAGUUUAAUUUGAAUAGUAACUAAGAUAAAUUAAUCAAAUUAUCUAUUGCAUGAUAUACAUUUUUUUAGAAAGUUAUUUAUUUUAAAUUUUACUAUUUCUAACUUGCAGUUCCAUUUAAAAAAAAAGACUAUUUUAUUCUCACCAUCUGUCCAUUGCAUUCUUUAUAGUUAGUGGCCCUGACCUUUAACUUUCUUCUUCUGACAUAAGAGAAUUUCCCAAGUGCGCUGUCCAGUUUUCAAAUGAUGGCUCCAUUACUGUUGGUGAGUCCGUGUUAGUGAAAGUGUCAGGAGAAGAAGAUAGCAAAAACAUUUUGGUGUCCUGGUCUCAUCAGGUAUGUAGGAUUAAUGUUAUUUGAAGUGAGUAGAUGAGGCCGCAGGUUCAGAUCUUGCAAUGUUGUAUUUUCGUGAUAAGGGUUUGGCCAUGGAUUAAGCAGAGAAAAAAACACCAGCAAGGCAAAGCCCAUUUCAGGCAGAAUGAAACAUAAAACUUUAAUUGUCAACAAAAAUAAACAGGAUUAUUUAUGAAAUUUAAAAAAACCAUGUAUGUGAUACUUAGGUCUGGACAUGUGAUAUUAAUUGUGAUCAGGAGUGGGGCUAAAAGGAGAGCUCAUAAAUGCAAUCUGUUUCUUUUCUGUUUAACGGGCAAGUGAUAAAUUAUGUUGAACUAAAAUAAAUUUUUAAAAAAUGAAGGGUAUGUGGCUAAAGAGAUUUAGGAGCCACAUGCUUAUAACAUUAACUGGAGUAUGGCUGUGAUGCGGUUAAGCUAUUUUAGUUUUAGGCAUUAACUUUUGUGAUCACAAUCAAUUGAUCUGAUCAUGCUUUAAUUUAAAUAUUUAUAAUUUCUAAAUAUUUUGCACAGUGUCCUUCACAUUUCUUUAGGGGUUGUAGCAGAAUAUUUAAAACUGGGGCUGAACCGUGUGCAGUAUUUUUACACCGGGUCCAGGUAUUUUGAGAAAAUACCCAGUGGCUCCUAGUGUUACAGAAAAGAGUUCCAUUUUCCUUUUCCAUUAAAAAUAGCCUACAUACAGUCUUACACCCUACCUGCCGGCCUUUAAACAAUAGGCCAACACACAGACCUAUACCAUACCCAUGGCUCUAUAUUAAUUAAUAUAAUAGAAAAAUAUUCAACCUUUACGCAUGACACUCGCUGAGCGACACCCUUUUUUUUUCCCCCACUCAGUACUAUUAAUAAACAAGUUGAGUAGGGGGAGGUUGUGAAAAGAAAGCAUGACAUACCAGAAGCAAAAUAUAUAUAAUAUAUGAGAUGAUUAAAAAUUACUGCUUGCAUUGUAAUUUUUUUAGCAAGACUUAACAUUUUUUUUUUAUUCAUUUUUUUUUUAUCAGGAUGAAGAUAUUGGUAGCCUUAUACAGAAAGUUUUAAGGCCUGAUCCGUCUUGAAUCUGUUUAUGAAGUGCAAUUAUUGGUGAAAGAAAACACCCCAUUUUUGUUACCAUAUUAGAAAAAAAUCAUUAAAUGUUAUCUUGCAAUAAAAUUAAAAAAAAAAACCAAAAAACAACAUGUGUGCUUUGUCUCCUUUAGAAUAGUUAGAAAAAUUGUAAUAAUUUUGAACCCUCUUAGCUUGUUAUCAGAUUGUCUUCAACAGAGUUAAAUGGACAAGAACAAGGUUUUUGUGUUUGUUCUCUUUUGUUUAAAAUAUAUAAAUUAAACACAUUUAAAUAUUUCAUUUCUACUUGGCCAAAUUUUACAGCAUGAGGGUCUCUUCUUGAAUG